CAAAGCCCUUUUUGUGUCAGACUUCCUCUCCGAAAAUCGCACUCACUUCCUUAACGCCGUAACCCUCGCUGGCUGGCGGCUGCGAGUCAUCCGCAAAGAGUCUGUUUGCUCGUGAUCCGCAAUUCAUAAGGAUCAGGAUUAUGUUUGGAUGCUGAGGUCCUGAAACCAAAGGUAUGCAGAGCAUCAAGUGUGUGGUGGUAGGCGAUGGCGCGGUGGGCAAGACCUGCCUGCUGAUCUCCUACACGACCAACGCCUUCCCCCGGGAGUACAUCCCCACCGUGUUCGACAACUACAGUGCACAGGUGACCGUGGACGGCCGCAUGGUCAGUCUGAACCUGUGGGACACGGCGGGCCAGGAGGAGUACGACCGUCUGCGCACGCUCUCCUACCCGCAGACCAACGUCUUUGUGGUCUGCUUCUCCAUCGCAAGCCCUCCCUCCUACGAGAAUGUGCGUCUCAAGUGGCACCCGGAGGUGACGCACCAUUGCCCCGGCGCGCCCGUCCUACUGGUGGGCACCAAGAGUGACCUGCGCGCCGACCCAGAGGUGCUGCGCAAGCUAAAGGAGCAGAAUCAGACCACCAUCACCCAGCAACAAGGCCAGGCUCUGGCCCGGCAGAUCCAUGCCAUCCGGUACCUGGAGUGCUCUGCCCUCAACCAGGAGGGCAUCAAGGAGGUGUUCGCAGAAGCCGUACGGGCCUUCCUCAAUCCACAACCCACCAGCUCCAAAAGACACUGUGUGCUUCUGUAGGCUGAGGGUGUGGUGGGGGGGUGGAGCCGGGGCUAAAAGGGGCGUGGCCUGCGAGAACCAAUGCGCUGAAACUGAGAGACUAUUAACAGAAGAAAAUGAAAAUAAUUAUAUUAAGAAUGUAAUUAAAUUACAAACCAUGUUUUAGCGAAAAACCUGCUGUUCUUGAUUUUGUGAUUGAUAUCUACUGUAACACAAACCCUCCUUUUUGCAUUGUGGCCUUUUCCAUGCCACCCCCCCCCCCCCCACCUGCCCCAGCAUUUGCCAUUCAGUGGGGGUUGUGGGGCUCUGUUGGGCUUCCUCACCCUGCUUUUACUUAGUGCCACUGCGGGUGCUCUGGCUCUGUGCAUGACCCACGAUACCAGCAAACGUAGAGCUAUUUGUAGAGCACUAGAAUUUCGUCACCCUGCAAACACACAAAAUGAGAAGCGCUCACAGGUUUCAAAGACCAUCUUCCGUCCCCUCUGCCUCACAUCUCAGCUCCCGGCCAAAGAUGAGGCCCUUUGAGGCUGCCCGCUCAACUGCCCGACAGUAUAGAAACACAAACACCCCUCGCCGGAUGUUUGGCUAACGGGCUAAAUCUCCAUCUUAAUUUUUACCCAUUCGUUUUUUUUCUUAAAUAUUGAAUGUUAAGUUGAUUUUUUCUGUGUAUUAGUGUGUGAGCUUGUGGGUACAGGGUGAUGCUCCCAGUGGUGCAGCAGAUGAAUGAGGACUUUCAGUCACUCCACGUGGCUCCGAUUUAUGAUUCUGACAGACUUGCAGUCCCAUUUUCUGCAGAAAUGUAUCCAGUUCGGCAUGCUGGUAACUUAUCACCCUCUGAGUUCUCAAAACUGGCCUUUUUUCACAUUUGGGUGGAGGGAGUAAAAUCUUUCAUUUUAUAAGGAGGCAAAUGCAGAAGCUUAAUUGAUAAUUCUGUAUCUCAGCAAGCAAAAUAUUGUGAAAACAACGCAAAGACUGGGGGUUUGAAUCCCAGGGUGCACAAAAAAUAUCAGAUAAAAUAGAAAAGAAACUAGAAGGUGCUUAAUCUAAAAAUCAGGUUUUAAGAUGCUGUUCUGUGCCACAGUGGAUGUGAAAGAAGGGCCUCCGAAGUCAGAGUGUGAAAGACAGCUGGUUCUCAGUGGUUCUUAUAACCCAGCUGGUUCCUCCUUAAUUCUGUUCGUCGUGUCAGUUUCAUGAACAGUAACGAGAAACCUGGAAAAAAAAACAUUAAAUUAAAAAUUAAGUACGAACUGCAAUUUUUAAGGAAGUGAUGUUUAAAAAUACAUCUAAAAAAAAAAAUCAUAGGACUGUUUUGUAGUGUACUGUGUGUGACAUUGUACUGCUUGCAUCGGGAAAAUAUUUUAAUGCAAAUUUUACAGCGGGUGUUGCUGUGUCACAGUCAAUAUUUGAUGUGUUAGAAAUGUAAAUGUCCUCGCCGGCAGCGGACAGGUAGCGAUGUGGUGAAGUGUCUGUGUACAGGAUGGAAAAUCCUGAUGGGAUAAAAGCAGGAGUUUGUAAUACGCAGUCAUAUAGAAAGGAAGGUCUUCCAGUUGGAUGGUCGCUGCUCACCUACGGCACGUUUUUACACAGCUUGGAGUUUUGUAACGCGGCACGCCGUAAAUGAACGGCAUCGAACCGUGACUCCGGAUUCUUCCCUUCACCCCGAUUCUGCAUCUCCGUCACCCUUGUCUACUGUUGGAGGCUCGGCGCGCCGAAAGGCUGCCGUGCAGCGUCGCCAUCUCCGUUCCACCCCGACUCCGUCAUUCCAGCCGCAGUGGUUGCCAUGGUGACAGCCGAGCACGGCGCUGGAAACGCUCGUGCUACAAGGAACCACAGCACUGCAUGCAAACACGUGCCGUGACCAAACACGGGGGAAAAAAAGUAUAUAUAUGAUUAAAUAACACUCGUUUUGCUCAUUCUGUCACAAAAAGGCGGUUGCAAUAAAUGUAACACGUUUUCUACAUCA